CGAUACGCUUGAUAAAGCAGCGAAAAAUUCAAGCUAAAUGAUAUGACAUCGAUGAUUCAAGUCCGAGGUUUUGUUACACAGAGAGCUGAUGACAGUAAUAUAUCUAUUUCCAACUAUUGCUUCCCUUCUUUAAAGUCUAUCACUCGACUUGACUAUGGUUCUUAUUGCGGUUGGGCAAAUUUGCGCAACAGCAAGUAUCAGCUUCAAUAAGGCUCAAUGUUGUAAACUUGUGCAUCAGGCUUCUUCGUUAGGAGCUAAAAUGAUUUUUCUGCCAGAAGCAGCAGACUUCAUUUCACAUAGCAGAGAUGAAGCGUUACAAUUAACAACGCCGAUUGACAAUUCUGAAUUCGUGUCUGCAUUGAAAGCGAGCGCAAAAGAAAAUUGUAUGUGGAUUUCAGUUGGCAUUCAUGAAAGUGCUGAUGCUGGAACAACGAAUGACAACCGUCUUGAAGUUAUAAAGCAAAAGAUUUUCAAUACACAUAUUGUGAUAAAUGAGGAAGGUGAACUGCUGGCCAGAUAUCGAAAAGUUCACUUAUUCAACGUUGAUUUGGUUGGAUUAAGAUUAAUGGAAAGUGAUACGACACUAGCCGGGGAUAAGUUAAUAGAUCCCAUACACACUCCUGCUGGCAUGCUUGGUUUACAGACAUGUUACGAUAUGAGAUUUGCUGAAUCAUCCAUAGCAUUGCGCAAAAGAGGAGCCGAGUUAUUGGCUUAUCCAAGUGCCUUUACAAUCAAAACGGGUAUGGCACACUGGGAAACAUUAUUACGUGCCAGAGCUAUCGAAACUCAAACAUAUGUUAUUGCAUCAGCACAAAUUGGAGCUCAUAACGAGAAGAGAUCCAGUUACGGAAAUGCUAUGAUUGUUGAUCCAUGGGGAACCGUGAUAGCCCGUUGCCCUGACAAUCACCAUGAACCAACUCUUGCAGUAGGCAAUAUUGACGUAGAUUACUUGAACAAGAUCCGAUUGGAAAUGCCAGUUAUGGCUCAUCGAAGAAAUGAUAUAUACCCCGCGAUAGAAUAAAGUGAAAUAAAAAAGCUGCCCAGAAAAACACGAAAAAGUUUCUUUCUCAGUUUCUUUUUUUUUAAAAAAAAA